GGACCGGUGCUAGGGACGCGCGGCGGGCUAGGGUUCACAGCGGUGCGGGCCCCAGCGCCAGCAACCCGCCCCGCCCCCAACUGCGCCCCUCCCUCAGCCCCUCCCCCACUUCCUGCGAGUGUCGGAGGCGGUCCAGGAACUGGUGUUGCAGGCCUGUGGAGUGCCAGCGGGUCGGGCAUCCAGCGGUGAAGAUGAACGGCCCCAGCGCUAGGUCCAGCCACCUGUCGCAGCCAGUGGUGAAGAGUGUGCUGGUGUACCGCAAUGGGGACCCCUUCUUCGCCGGGCGCCGUGUCGUCAUUCAUGAGAAGAAGGUGUCCAGCUUCGACGUCUUCCUCAAGGAAGUGACGGGCGGUGUGCAGGCACCCUUUGGGGCAGUUAGGAACAUCUACACCCCGAGGACGGGCCACCGCAUCCGGAAAUUGGACCAGAUCGAAAGCGGGGGCAACUACGUGGCCGGGGGCCAGGAAGCCUUCAAGAAACUCAAUUACUUGGACAUAGGAGAAAUCAAGAAAAGACCAAUGGAGGCUGUUAAUACUGAGGUGAAGCCAGUCAUCCACAGCAGGAUCAAUGUGUCUGCCCGUUUCAGGAAAUCACUGCAUGAGCCUUGCACUAUUUUCUUGAUUGCAAAUGGAGACCUCAUAAGCCCAGCUUCUCGACUCCUCAUCCCUAGAAAAGCUUUAAAUCAGUGGGAUCACGUACUACAGAUGGUCACAGAAAAAAUAACUCUUCGGAGUGGGGCUGUCCACAGGCUUUAUACUCUAGAAGGAAAACUGGUUGAGAGUGGAGCUGAACUGGAGAAUGGGCAGUUUUAUGUGGCCGUUGGCAGAGAUAAGUUUAAGAGACUACCUUACAGUGAAUUGCUUUUUGACAGAUCAGCAGUGAGAAGGCCGUAUGGUCAGAAAGCUUCUUCUCUACCUCCCAUGGUUGGAUCGAGGAAGUCUAAAGGGAGUGGAAAUUAUCGCCAAUCUAAGUCGACCAUCGGCUCCAGUGAUAAUUCAUCUCCUCAGCCUCUGAAGAGGAAAGGGAAGAAAGAUUCAAAUUCAGAAAAACCCACAAAUGUGAAACAAAAAGUGAAGUCGAAGGAUUCCCAGCAAGCAGUGCUAAACAAUGAUGAAGGCAUUUUCAAAGCUGGAACAGAGAGAUCUGAAACGAGGGGGGCAGCAGAAGUCCAAGAGGAUGAAGACACGCAAGUUGAGGUUCCUGUGGACCAGAGGCCGGCAGAAAUAGUUGAUGAGGAAGAAGAUGGAGAGAAAACAUACAAAGAUGUCAAACAGAAAGAAGACUUUUCAGCAAUGAAUGGGGAAACUGAAGAUGGAGGGGAUAGUGAGGCUGCUGAUGGCCCUAAGCAAGAGGAUGAAAUCCCAGACCACAGAGAGAAGAAGGCCAGUCCCUCUCGGGUAAACGGUGUCACUGAUGAGGAGAAUGGUGAAGAACUGGACCAGGUUACUGAGGAGCUUCAACCAACAGUGGAUGAGGAAGGAAAGGCUGAAGGAGAGAAUAGUGGACAAGAUGAGGCUGACUUAGAUGCUGGAAGACCACCAAGACCAGAAGUGACAGUCACCAGCCCUCAAGAAAAUGAUGAAAAUGAACAGAACAAGGACUCUUCUGCUGUGGCAUAGAUGGUUUUAGAGCAGGAAAUACAUGGGAUGUAAGAGCAUGCAGGGCUGUAAUACUUGAAUAAUGAACACGGCCUCUCUGUUAGGCAGAAUGUGGCAAUAUGGUGGGGCACCACUUGCUGAAUUUUAAAAAUAGAAGCUAAAUGGAAGGAAGGUUAGGUAAUUUGUAGCUCAAAGCAGAAUGACUUAUGUUUAUGUCAGAUGUUUAAAAAAUUCCUUUAGAAGAAUCAAAUAAAAGAGAGAGAGGGAUUUGUACCUUAAGACAGUUAACUACCUGUGUUUGUAAGGAAGAAAGACAUGGGAUAACUUCCGUUAGAUACUUUACUAUAGACUUGGAAGCAAGAGUAUUGCCGGCUUGUUCUAAAGCAUUUAUCUAGGAAAGUGUAGACUUUUAAAGAAUUGGUGAUAGGAAAGCAUGUAUUAUGUUCUCAAAGGAAUAAACUGUUGAAUGGACAAAUUGCAGUUUAGUUUCAGAGAUGAUUUGGAGAUGGCAAUAGAUCCAAACACUCUGAAGCUCUUGACAUUCCUUUCUUCCUUUAUCCAAGGUCCCCCUCAGACAAAGUCAGAUCACAGUUCAAGCUGUCUUCUGGGGGUUGGAACUGCUUCUCCAGGGCACUGGCAAUUGACAUCAGGUGUGUCUGCUGAGACACACUCUCAGGCAAGAACCAGAGAGUGAGAUGUGGGAAUCCUGUGACUUUCCCUAAUCUGGUCUGUCUGUACCAGGAACAAACUGUUUCCCCCUCCUAUGUACUGUUGGAAACUCAAUAUUAGUGAAGAUUCAAUUCUUUCCAUUACUUCAAAAAAGAAUGUUUUAAUAAACACCAGGAAAUAGAAUAGGAAACAGCAAAAAGAAGAGUUUCUAACUACCCAGUUCCUUUGCUUUUUGCUAUUCUUCUGUCAGGGUUGACAUGGUUGCAUAGGGUUAUUAUGUCCAUCCAUCCAUCCAUCCACCCACCCAUCAACCCAUUUAUCUAUCUAUCCAUCUCCUAACCUUUUAGACUUACAAAAAGAUGUUUAUGUUUAGCCUUUUGUUAUUUCAAGCAGAUUCUUUUCUAUAAAUUUAUAUUCUGUCUGAUGGAAUUGGUGAAAAAACUUAAAAUUUUCCCAUAGCACCUGAUUUCAGUUUGUGGAUGGACUAAAUUAAUGUGUUUUCAACUUAUUAGGUAUAGAUAAAGGAAAAGAUAAUGGCAUUAGUUUGAUGAUCACAGUAGA